UGCAAAAAGUGGAAUUUCAAUCCGCUCCUCGAAAACAACGUUCGACUUGCAUGUGUUAAGCAUAUAGCUAGCGUUCCUUCUGAGCCAGGAUCAAACUCUUCUUUUGACUAUGAUUGGGCACUGCAGUGGUAUUGCGUGAGUGAAGAAGGGCAAUGCGGGGGAUGGUAUUCAUACUCCUUGACUGCCUUUGCAGCUAGCGUCCUUGCUUCAAACCUUCCAAUACUUAUGGUCUCGUGCCUCCCUUCCUCCGUUCCUACCUUCAGUAGUAGAGGAGAGUUUGAAUGCACGGGUCUUUUGGAAGCCAAGGAAAAACGAGACUACCAUGAAUCCGAUACUAUU